GUCCCAUGCAAAAAGGGCCCUUAUGUAUAUUGACGUCAUAAUGAGAAAAACGCUGGUAAAGAUAACGUCAUUAUUUGCAAGUUGCGUCUGUUACUUAUGUUUGCAAUGCUGUCAAUAUAACGUGAUUGUGUUUAUAUAAAUCACCUGGAACGAUGCCGACAUGUACCUGGAAUUAACAAGAGGAAAACAUGGACUUUUUAGAGAUUAUUGACGAGUGGCAUAGGGAAUAUUUUCCUCCUUCACAAAGUGUUGAAUCAUCUGAUGAAAAUACAGACGAUAGUGAUAUUUCAACUGCAUCAGAAAAUGAAUCCAACGAAAAUAUUUUAGAACAAAGAAUUCAACUUGUGCAUCCUGAUAAUGAUCAGAAUAAAAACCUAAAUUCAGAGGAGGAGGACUGGGAGAAUAACAAUCUUGACUUAACAAUUCGUGAAAAGAUAAUCAAAGGCUGCUCCUGCAGAAUGGAUUGCAUAUCAAAUAUUAGUUUUGAAGAAAUCAGUCACCAUAUUUAUUCCAUGAGAGAACUUUCCAAGGAAGAGAAGGAUAUGUACAUUAUGGGAAAGCUAAAAAGUAAAAGUUAUGGUGGCGGAUCUUCAAGACGCGAUGCCAAACGACAGAGAUACGAAUACAAUUUUGAUGACCGGGAAUUUAUCAAUCGAUAUUCUGAAGAUAAUGGACUUCCUAUGCCAGCUGCUCCAAGAGGUCGCGACUCCGAACCACCCAUUUUUCUACCUUGUUCAACACCAAAGAACGAAAUUCAUCAGUUAUAUGUUGAAGCUUGUCAUGAGGUCCAAAUUCGUGCUGUUAAAUUGUCCUCAUUCUAUUCCAUCUGGUCUGCCUGCCUUCCUAACAUUCAGAUUGCCAACCCCAGAUCUGAUGUAUGCAAUACCUGUGAGCGCCACAGAGAGCACAUUUUGAAUGCAAGAUCUGAAAAUGAAAAGCUUACAGCAGCAAGAAAUUUUACAGAUCACAUUGAAAAAGCAGAGAGGGAGCAUCACCUCUACAUUCAGUGCAUUAAAGAAGCCAGGGAAGAACAUCAGUCUAUUCAGCUUCCUGAGCCACCUGUUAGACCCUGUUCCACAGAUUUCCUCAAAACUCACUACACUUUUGACUUCGCGCAAUGUGUGUCUGUACCUCAUCAUUUCAGACAAGUAGGACCAUUAUUCUUUGAGACACCACGGAAAAUUCAGAUCUUUGGAAUUUGUAUGGAGGGAGCAGGAUCUCAGCGAAAUUAUUUGAUUGAUGAAGACCAGACCAUUGGAAGAGAUGGAAAGAAUGCCCAUGGGCUAAAUACAGUCAUCAGCAUACUUCAUCACCAUUUUCAAAAUUAUAGCAUGGGAGAGAAAUGUGCUGUUCUUCACUGUGAUAACUGUCCAGGUCAAAACAAAAACCGGUAUGUGAUUGGAUAUUUGCUAUGGCGGGUCAUGAUUGGGCUAUAUCGAGCAAUUGAACUUCACAUGCAGAUACCAGGGCAUACAAAAUGUCAAGUGGAUGCAGGCUUUGCUCAGAUCAAAAAGAAGUACAGGAGAUCAGAUUGUGACACUCUACAGCAUGUUGCUGACGUAGUCUCCAAGUCCUCCAAAAGUAACGAGGCUGUGAUAAUAGAGGAUGGAAAUGUGAAAUACUAUGAAUGGAAAGAGUAUAUAAAAACAACUUUUCAGCCUUUGAAAGGGAUACGCAAGUUUCAUUACUUCACUUUUUCAGCACUGCUGCCUGGAGUUGUAUUAUGCAGCGUUGAUGUAGAUGGCGACAAGGUCCCAGUAAUCCUCAGUAAUCACGACCAAAUCAGUGUAAAUCUACCACCAGAGAUAAUGCCGGGCGGACUCAGUAGAGAACGACAGGAAUAUUUAUACAAACAUAUCAUACCUCAUGUCCGGGAAUGUUUCAGGGACACAACAUGUCCAGAAUUUCAUGAAGAAUAAGUGAAAGUUUCAAUUGUUUCCGACAAUGAUUAACGUCAUUUCAACGUCAUUUUUUGUAACGUCAUUGAAAUAUUAUCUUAACCUUUGACAGCCUAUAUCUCAGUAAAUAUGCUGAAUAUUUGACCCAAACUUCAC